UCCGAUCGAUCAGUGUGAGCGGCCCAGAUCUUCCCGAACCCACCUGAGCGGCCAGCCUCUCCGCGUGCACUCCACCCAAAAACCCUAGCCCGCCGCCGCCUCUCCCCUCCGCUCGCCGGAGCUCGCCUCCUCCUCCUAAUCUUCUCUCAGUAACGCGUUGGUUCGAUCUUCUUCGGCUCCCGAUGGCUAUGGCGCAGAGGGGAUUGGGCCUGCUCCGGCGAUCCCUCGGGCUCGGGCCCCUGUCCACGCAGAGAGCCCUGAGCAGCACCAGCCCCGCGGCGUCCGCGGAGGGGGGAGCGGCGGCGGCGGCGGCGGCGGAGGUGGCGAAGGAGUCGAAGGGGAGGAAGAAGAAGAAGAACCUGUUCGACGUGGUGCAGUUCCUGCCGUCGUGGGGCGUGGGCUACAAGGUCGCCAAGACCACCUGGCGCGACGUCUCCUACCAGAUCACCAAGAUCAACCUCUACAAGGAUGGUCGUCAUGGGAAGGCGUGGGGGAUUCGCUACAAGGCCGGUGUUCAAGCUGCUGAAGCGCCAACAAAAAUCAGUGGGGUAAACAAGCGUGGGUGGAAGUAUAUAAAAGAAUCGCAGAAGAAGUUACAAGAUACCCCCAAAGUAGAAACGCCAGUCACUGCUUAAGCUGAAACUGUGGAUGUCUUGCUUGUCUUCACUGCUGAAAGUGUUUUAGAUGGCUGUUGCCAGAUGAACAGAGCGCCACUGUAGAAUGGAUGGGUUCCUUUUGGUUGAUCGAUGAUGAUUAAAUUUGCCAAGGUGUUUGAUAUCCUUUUCUUUUCAUUUCCAUAAUGCACUUGGAAACUAGUGACAAUGGCAUGUAGUUGUAGUCUUCUAAUUCAUCUUUGUUUCUGUCAUAUGUUUACAAGGGGCUGGACAUUCAGACUGAUGUCCACUGGUAACACCUGAACUUUUGGGCUGGUGUUAAACUGUUGGGAUCAUUGAUCGGCACAUGUACUCUCUAAUACUUAACUGUUAAUCUGUUCUGCUUGAAAGAAUCUAUGCAUGCCAUUUCAGUCGAAA